AUGUCCGCUGCCGAGGGAGAGACAAUGAGCGAUGCCGCAGAGGGCCCUGUGGAGGUACCACAAACUUCAGCUGGAACGAACAGAAGCACGGAACACGAGAGGGCUGCCGAGCUACCGCCCUCAGAUAGCGCUGCUGAUGUCUCAUCACAGCUGGAGACGGACCUUUCGGCUGUCAACACGCAGAUUUCGACCUCACCAUCUGCCUCGGCUUCGGCCUCGACCAGUGCCACUUCUGAAAGGGCAAGCAGACAGGGCAGUGAUGCUGACUCUGAUCGAGCCCGAGCCUAUCUGGAAUGGAUUCAAGCACUGUCACAAGGUGAUGGCGAUGUCGUGCUCAGCAAGGUCCUAUCGACACCGGAGGACCUCUGUGACGGGAUUGCGCUCUUUGACAUCCUCUCCAGCAUUGACGUGGAUCACUUCAGGAAUCCACACGCCUCGCACGAGCCAGCCAAAGACAAUCUGCUCAUCAGACUUGGAACAUUGAAAAGGCUUUAUAGACAGAUCAUGCUAUACUACAGUGAAAGAUUGGCUUCUCCCGCGGUCAGGCAACCCGAUCUCGAUGCGAUAGCUAGACAUAGCUCCUUGGUGGAUCUCAAUCUGCUGUGCCGAUUGGCUGUUGGCCUUGCCGUGCAAAGCGACAAGAGAUCGGAACACAUUGCCGCGAUCCAAACGCUCAAGCAGCAGCACCAGCACGCCUUGAUGGUGGCGAUCGAAGAAAUCGUCACUGCUUCUGCCCAACCAUCAAGCUCUCAGCAAGAGGAUACAACCGCUUCGGAGGGCGGUAAUUUCGACUCGAGAAUGGCAGACAUCAACGUGACGCGCUUGAAGGCUGACAAGGAAGCGCUGGAAGCGUCGUAUGUGGAGCUAGCGCGAGCGCACGAGCUGCUCAAGAGUUCGGUCCAGGACACUGAGCUGGAAAAAGCCGAAAUAGCUAAAGAUCUAAAGCGAUUGAAAGAUGAGAUUGAAGUUCAACGGAGAGAGGGGACAGAGGCAAUGCUACGAGCAGACGUGGAGCGACUCAAAGCCGAGCUGAGAAGAAGCGAGGACAACCUCGGGGAAGCAGAGUCUGAAGUCGAAAGGCUCACCAAGAGUCACGUCGAACAAACACGAAAAGUGGACGAUCUCGGAAGACGCGCGGAAGAGGCCACGCGCCUUAAGGAUCAGUUGGAUGAGUACAAGCAUGCAGCAGAUAGAGCAGCACGGAUGGAGAAUGUCGUCGAGAAGUACAAGAAGAAGCUUGAAGAGGGGGCCGAUGUGCGGAGGCAGCUGAAGGUCCUCGAGGACCAGAAUGCCGAACUCGUCGACAAGAAUGCCGCUCUCGAAGACGAGUACAAGCGGGUUGCAGCCUUCAAGCCUUUGAUGGACACUUACAAAUCACAGAUAUCCGAGCUGGAGUCCAAAGCUUCCAAUCUUCAAAGGGACUACAAUGGUCUCAAAUACGAGCACGAGCAAACCACAACCACUCUUCGAACGAUCGAAGAAGCGCGUACCCGUGAUCGAGAGGAGAUGGAGCUGUAUCAAGAGCGCAUUCAAGAGCUAGAGCUAGGCAGCACCGGAGCAAGCAAAGCCCGCCAAAAGCGUCUCGAGGCUAUGCGCGCUACUGAUGGCGCCGAGGUGGACGGUGCGGAAGGCUUGGCCGCUGCGAACUCGACGCUGGACGAGUCUGAUGACGACGAUGACGUGGGCGGGGAGAUCGACGAUGCGCUCUCGGGUACCACGAUGACUGACCUCAAGAUUAGGGUGAGAAAAUUGGCCAGGGAACUCGAAGCCGCUAAGGCGAACAAAGCCGACGUGAGCCGCAUCUUAGUGCUGGAGAAUUUGCUCGAAGAUUCGCGGACCAUGAAGGAGCGAUACGAGCAGGACUAUCUCAAAGAGCAUCAAGCAAAGCUCAAGCUGCAGAGUCAAUUGGAGACAAUUCAGAGUGGAAAGUCAAGUUUUGGCGACGGGUAAGUAUGUACAAAAAGUUCCAGGAUGCGUUCUUGGUUGUGCUCAAAGUGCUCUCUAUCCCGCUCACACAGAGAAGAAGCGGCUUACGCUCUACGCUUGCGUCUCAACGAGACUGUAGAGGAGCUAGACAGCGUCAAGCGGGAUCAUGCGGCUCUUACGGUCACACACGAAGAGGUUACGCGCGAGCUCAACAUCGCCAAGUCUGACUUGACUCUCGUCAACAAAGACCAAGUCGACAUUCUUCAUACUCUGCGCGCAUCCGUAGAUGUGGAAAAGGCGGACUUAGAGGGCGUGGUGAGCCGUUUGAGAGAACAGCUCAAGAGCGUGGAAGAACAGAAACGGAUGCAAACGGACCAGAUUAACAAGCUGUUGAUGGAAAAGGUGGACCUGCAAUCCGAAGGCAUAGGUCAAAGAGAAGAAGCUCUGAGAAGAGAGAGGAAUUUGGGGUGAGUACGGAGCCUCCACCCAGGAUCGCAUACAUGACUGCUGACUGCCUUGGUCCGCCACGCGCUUUCAGAGAAUUGCGCUCAUCUCUCGCUGGCAAAGCGCUUCCAAAAGAAGCCGAAGAGCUCAUCCUAAGCCUGCAGACAAAAGCGGCAGAAGCAGAAUCUAAUGUCAAAGCGGGCAAGGAAAAGCUCAGCGCAGCACGAAAGGUGAUUCGGGGUCCGCACAAAGCAUUGAUACUCAGUCCAGAGGCUGACACGUCGUCUUGCCCGAUUCGCGCAGCUCAUCAAGGAGCAAGACAAGCUCAUCAAGGCGGGCGCGACAGACGAACAGCUCGCUGCAGCCACAGUAAGUCUCUCGCCAUCAGCUUUGUUAGGCGUUUAGCUAAUACCCCCCCCUUCCUUCCGUCCGGGCGAACCAGGCCUCGUACAAAUCCCAGAUCGCCACCUUGCGAAGAGAAUUACGCUUGAUGGCAUCUGCAUUUCACGAUCAGGGCGCGCAGCUCGCUGCGCACAUUCGAGCUCGUAGCAGACCGACAGGAGGUAUUGUUGGAAUGGCAGGCGGCAACUCAGCCUCGGUCAGCGCGCCUGCUUCUUGGCUAGUCCAGCAACGCAGAGCUUUGACGCCUGGCAUCCUCCUCGCGAAGCGAUGA